UGGACUGAACGAGCACAUGUUUAUCUUGUUUUCUUUCAAACAUUGUAACAAACACGUACAGAUCAUCUUUCCACCCAACUAUUUUAUUUUUCACCAAAUUAAUUAGGUGUUUUUAUAUUGAGAAGCAAUGGGUCGUCUCGAGGGCUCGCACAUCUUGCACGGUCACAAAGGUCGCGUGUGGAACGUGGCCUGGCACCCUGAGGGCCACCUGCUGGCGUCCUGUGGCGAGGAUAAGACAAUCCGCAUUUGGGGCCGCGACGGCCAGAAAUGGGUGUGCAAGACUUGCCUGUCGGACGGACACAGCAGAACCAUUCGCUCUGUCUCGUGGUCGGUGUGCGGCAAGUUCUUGGCCAGCGCCAGCUUCGAUGGCACCACCAGCGUGUGGACGUACACCAAGGGCGACUACGACUGCAUAAUGUCGCUCGAGGGACACGAGAACGAGGUCAAAAGCUCAGCCUGGUCGCACUCGGGACAGUACUUUGCCACCUGCGGCCGCGACAAGACUGUUUGGGUGUGGGAGGUUGCUGAGGACAAUGAGUACGAAUGUGCCGCGGUGCUCUUCAACCACGCCCAGGAUGUUAAAAAAGUGGCGUGGCAGCCAGGUAGAGAUAUUUUGGCUUCGUGCAGCUAUGAUGACAGCAUCAAAAUGUUUCGGGAAGAUGGAACAGAGUGGGUGCAGUGUGCCAACCUGACCUCGCACACCUCUACUGUCUGGAGCAUCGCUUUCAAUGGCUCUGGAGACCGUAUGGCUUCUUCCAGUGACGACCUGACUGUGAAGAUUUGGCAGGAAUACCCACCCGGCAAUGCACAGGGCAUUGAGACCCCUGACAAUAUUCCCGCCUGGAAAUGCGUGUGCACGCUUUCAGGGUACCACCCGCGGACUGUCUACGACAUCAGCUGGUGUCCUCUGUCUGGCCGGAUAGCCACUGCCUGCGGCGAUGACAAAAUCAGAGUUUUCCAAGAGUCACCUGAGAGUGACCAUGACGCGCCUACCUUCGAGCUGGAUGGCGCGGUGGAUGGACACACGCAAGAUGUCAACGCCGUUGCGUGGAACCCGAAAGAGGUUGGCCUAUUGGCUUCGGCCAGCGAUGACGGAACAGUGAGAUUGUGGUGCGCAAAGUAGUAAAAAAUAUGUUUUAUUAUAUAAGCAAUCAGAUCAGGGAUUUUUUUCAUUAUGUAGGGAUGCAACUGAUAUUGCCAAUUUUUAUUGAGUUCCUUUCAAGGCUGACUAUGCACAUUUUUGGCGAAUGAAUAAAACUUAGUUGACUUAAAAAU